AUGGAGCUUGAUGAGGAAAGCCAAAGAUGGCGCGAAUACGGCUUUGUAUCCUCUGAACGCGCUGCUUCCCCUCCAUCCUUUGGAGGAGAAAGAUCGUUGUUUGGUGAUCUGGAGCAGGACGAAACCACUUCCAUUGCCGAGAGUGGAACGAGCUACGGACAAGCUGGACGAACCAAGCGAUUGACCAUAAGACGAAUGGUUCGGAACGCGUUUGGACAGGAGGAGGAGAGGUCUGAGGUCGUGACGGAUAUGAGGGUGAUCAAUGCGUACCUCCGGCAGCGGGCCAUUAUCGAGCACGAGGAAACCACCAGUGGGGAAAUAUAUCCGGGGAUCGGAGGUGAAGAAGAAAAGAGGAGGAAAAAGCGAAGAGUCCAAGAACAUGUAAAUAAGAUGAAGGAGGACAGAAAAGGAAAACGAAGACGAGGGGCUGGCUCCGAUGAAGAACAGGAACGGCGACAUGAACCUUUGACGUUAAAAAUCCGAACUCCAUCCCUCCUCCUAGCAGCAGCAACUGCCGCAGCAGCAUCCUCCACCCCUCCUCUCAAAAAGCGCCAAUCCAUCUCAGCGACCGACACAGACUACCUCCAACCGGUCCAUCCCAAAUCCUACGGCCGCCGCCGCGCAGCUCCCGAAGUCGACCUCGCGUCCAUCCUCGGUAGGGUCAUCACCGAACUUAUUGCGAUACCCGAAGCCUACGAAUUUUGUCGCCCUGUUUCCGCCGUGGCAGUGCCAGAUUACUACGACAUUGUUAAGAAACCCAAGACAUUGGAGCAGAUUCGAGAUGAUGUCAGGGACUACCGUUACAAAACCGCCGCGGCCUUUCUGGAUGACCUUGAACUGGUUGCCUAUAACGCUCGGAUAUAUAAUGGGACGAUGCAUCCCUUGACGACCAUUGCGGAAGGAUUGGUGACAAGAGCGCGGGGCCAGUUGGAUCAACAGCGAGAGGAGUUGGGCAGAAUCGAGCAAGAGCUGGCCGAGUCGGAAGCGGUAGGCCUGUUGAGCAAACGUGCACAUUCGUUGGGUCAUGGUUCUCACGUUGCUGUCAUGGUUCAGCAGGCAGGACCACCACCCGCACCUCCUCCACCCCUACCCGUGGUCCAGUAGCCA